CAAGGUAAUCACCUCGGUUGCGAAUCCAGGUAUUACCUGUAACAAACGCCACCUCCAACUCACAGUCGGGAAAAAAAAGUCGAAGAGGCUUUUCCCUCCGUGUGCUGCGCUGCUCCUCCUCUCUGAAGCCCAACGAAUCUCCAGUUACCAACCUCGCAGACACCGGCUCACGUGGUCGAGAUCCGGCACAUUUUAAAAGAAGGGACAUCUCCCUCUUUUCUGAGGAAUGGGGUGGCAAACGUCCUCCUGGUGCUAGCUAGCGAUCCAGGUUUCCACGCACAGUGUAGACCUGCAGUAUAUGUACCUCAACACCAGCAGCGUCUUGUCAUCUCUUCUGCAGCCCAGACCCCUGCCGCUCCCCAGCAGUGCCAAUCGCGAAUCACGGCCGCACUGUUGCGCUAGGCAUACUUUGUCAUCAGAUAAACUGAAGUUCUUAAGAAAUAUUAGCUGUCGUGUCUCCACUCUCAUUAUUUUUUAGAACUAUGGAUAUCGGUGCCAAAACCACAGUUCAAGCCGCAGUUCUGUUCUAUGUGAUUUCCAGCAAUUUGUUAUGUCCAGUGGGUGCUUACCUCUACAAUAACCGGUAUGCGGGGGAUCAAGUUAUUAGAGUGACCCCUCAGAACAGUGCAGAAGUUCAAACUCUGAAGAGCCUCUUUGAAAAUAUGAGGGUGGACCUCUGGCAGCCCAACAGUGCGUCUUUCAUCGGAGAGGGCAGCACUGUGGAUAUUCACACAGGGAGGAACAUCUCCAGUGCCUUCAAGACCUACCUUAGGAGGGCCAACCUUCACUAUGAGGUUCUUAUCGCAAACCUCCAGAAGGAAAUUGAAAAACAGACUGGGUAUCGUUCCUCCAGAAAACGAAGAUCAGAAAUGGGGUAUGAUUAUGAGGCGUACCACUCUUUAGAAGAGAUUCAGAGCUGGAUGCAUGAAAUGAACAGAACACAUCCGCACUUCGUCACUCUGUUCUCCAUUGGCCGGUCUUUCGAAGGAAGGCCUCUUUAUGUCCUUCAGCUAGGAAAGAGAACUCGCCGUGACAAGAAAGCUGUGUGGAUUGACUGUGGCGUUCAUGCCAGGGAGUGGAUCAGUCCAGCAUUUUGCCAGUGGUUUGUGAAAGAAGAUCGGUUGUGGCGUAAAACGAGAUCUAGAAAUGCCAAAUAUCACUGUCACGGGGUCGACGCUAACAGAAACUGGAAAGUAAAGUGGUGUGGUAAGUCUGCAACAUGUUCUUUCUUUUGCGCUUGUCGUGCCAGAGCGAACGCCAGUGAUCGGUCCCGCAUACACACGCAGGACAGCACACUUCCCUGUGCUGUUAAAACAAGCCCCAGAGGGCGAUUAAUUCACCUGUUAUUUCAUUAUUAGUUCCAGUUUUCUUUAAAUACGUCCCUCGCCCUUCACUCAGGGCUCUGUUAUGAGGUGAGCUACUGCGCUUUGUAUCCCUUUGGACGCCGCUCCAAACAGAAAGGCACCCGGAGUUGGAGCUGA